ACUGUUGAAGUGAAUUACACGAAUGUAUGUGUUUCCUGAUUUGAAAAAACAUAUGGUGUACCACUAUUAAUGUAGGCUUUUUUUAAAUUUAAUUUAUUCUUUUUUAAUUGAAAGAAAAAUGCCACGACCCACACGAGGAAAUAUAGGUCGGCGAACGCGUCAUGCAAAUGCUACGGCAUUACAAAGGCGAUCACAGACUCCAGAUGAACGAGCACAAGCUAAUGCAUCGCAGCGUGAACGUAAUGCACGAAAUAGAUCUGUUGUACCUGAAAUUAUGCGUGCUGCUUUUAAUUACAACAGUCAGAUUAAUUACAGUAUGUACGGAUAUAUUGGAAUAAUGGACGCAAUAUGUCCACAUUGUGAUGCGGCUAAAUUUCCAGGUGAAACGCCCGGCAUGUGUUGUGCUAAUGGCAAAGUGAGAUUGCCACCAUUAGAAACUCCACCCGAACCAUUGUCUUCAUUAAUUUUUGGGACUUCUGAAAAUUCGAAGCACUUUUUGAGUCAUAUUCAACAAUACAAUUCGACAUUUCAAAUGACUUCUUUUGGUGCUACUAACAUUAUUAGAGAUAAUUUUAUGCCGACGUUUAAGGUAAAUACUUAAACAGGAUUGUCCCAAUCAAUCUGAAUCAUAAAAGUAUUCUAUAGUUUUAAAAAUUAUUAUGCAACAUAUACCUAAAAUUGCAUACAUGUUGCAGAUUCAGGGCCAAAUUUAUCAUCAAGCUGGUUCGUUAUUGCCAUACCCCGACGCUGAUUAUCAAUUUUUGCAAAUUUAUUUUAUUGGUGAUGAAAAUCGUGAAUUGGAUCAACGUUGUGCAAUUGCUUUGAAUACAAGACGAGAAAUUAUUUGUGAGCUACAAAGGUUUUUCCAUCAGCAUAACGCAUUAGUUCAAUUGUUCAAAAUUGCUCUCGAUCGUAUGCCCUCUGAUCAUCACAAAAUCGUAAUAAGGGCUGAUAGAACACCUUUUGGAGAGCAUGAAAGGCGAUUCAAUGCACCGACAAUUGAUGAGGUUGCAAUUGUAAUUCGUGGUGAUCAGUUUCAAUCGCGUGAUAUUAUACUUCAUCGUAGAAAUGACCAAUUGCAACGUGUUUCGGAACUUCAUCGUAGUUACGACGCAUUACAAUACCCAAUAUUGCAUUGGAAAGGUGACGAUGGCUAUAAUAUAAAUAUACCAAUGAUUGAUCCACGAACAGGUCUACAUGUACAAAAAAAAGUUAGUGCCAUGAAUUUUUAUUCUUAUCGAUUGAUGGUUCGUCCACAAGAACAAAAUUAUAUCUUAUAUCUUGAGAUGUCGUAA